ACAAGAGCACAAAAACAACAGAAGCAACGGCAACAACAACAGCAGCUCAUAUGCUUUAAACAAUUUUAUAAACCAUUUGAAUUCGUGCAACUCUUUGCAAAUUUGUGCUCCACACGCAUUAAUAAAUUUAGAACAAUUGAAGUCGCGUGUGUGCGUGGGUUUGUUGGCUAUAGCUACGGCGUCUGCAUCCCAACAAAAACAGUUCUAGUUCUGCAGCUUCCAUUGUCAACAUCAACAUCAUCAUCAACAUCUGGGCAAUCUACAUAGAACAUCAUCAUUAUCGUCUGUUUCGCUUUUAAUUGAAAUUUAUUUAUUUAUUGUCGUUGUGCUUGGCAUUUGCUGCUCUCGCAUUUCACUGGUAGAUCCGCGCCUAGCUUUUCGAAUGAGGCUGCGUCCGGCGGCGACUGCUACAACAAAAAUAAUAACAGCAGCAACAACAACAACAACGCUUCCCUGUACCCCUGUACCGCAAAUAUUUUAAUUAAGCCUAUGUAGCUGGUUGGUUGGUUUGGUGUCUGCCUCUGGCUCGAUGAAAACGCACAAAACAUGGCGCACCGCUUCGAAAAAGAAAAUGUUAAUUGAAAGCAAUAAAUGUGCGCUACGAACUAUAAUUUAUUCCUAAUAUAGCCAAAUAAAACGCAAACAAUCAAUUGGUGGCGCGCAAAUUGAAUGCCGAGCACUACUGAGCAUCUGGUCAGUCCAAAGAAACAGCAAGCAAGCGAACAACAACCCAAUAUGGAGGCCCUCGAUAUAAACGUGGACUUCAACAAUGAGAAGAAUGUGCUAUGCGAGAAAAUCAUACGAGACAUAAACGCAGUGUUUCUCAAGGAUGCAGACCUAUCUUCUUUCGAGAUCAUACAGAAAGAGACGAACUGCAAUAAGUCGCCGGUGGUGCAUGUUGAGCACAAUUUGGGGCUGGAGUCGUGGUGUGCCCAACAUGUUUACGAUCAUGCGCAUCGCACCCUCAUAUCGCAUCGCCGACAGUCUUUGCAGCAACAAAUGCGCACACUCCAACAACAACAACAGAGCGAUGCACUCGCCAAGUACCUGAACGUCGCGCUACUGAUAAAUCCUGAUGUGACUACCUUCUGGCACAUACGACGUCAGUUGGUCCAAAAGAAUCGGCUGAGCAUUAACAAAGAGCUGCAAUUCUCCGCACUGGUGCUCUCCAUAAAGCCAAAGUCCAAUGAGGCAUUCGCCUAUCGUCGUUGGCUCUAUUCCUUUCAAAGCGCUGAUGCCAUUGAUUGGCCCAACGAGAUCAGCAUUUGCGAACGUUCCGCCGAUCGUUGCGCCUGCAACUAUCAUGCCUGGUCGCAUCGUCAAUGGGUGCUGCAGAAUGCCCCCUGUCUGCUGCAAUCGGAGCUAAUGCGCACCGAGAAGUUCAUUCGAAAGCACAUCAGUGACUAUAGCAGCUAUCAUUAUCGUCAGGUGGUGUUGUCGCGCGCUUACGAGCUCUGCUUCUAUAUGCCCAGCAGCGGUCAGACAGAUGAUCAAACACAAUUGGAUGAUUUGCGGGAACUCUUCGCCCACUACGAUCUGCGCUGGUCGGAGCUGAGCGAUGAGGAGGCUAUGGUGCAACUCCUGUUGCCCGAUUUAAACCGUAGCAGCAUAAGCGCCCAGCGUUUGCGCUCCUUUCUCUAUUGCUGCAACAUUGCCGCCCACGACAUGCGGCUGUGCGUCGAGCAGCGAGCCCUUUACGGACCGAGAGAUUGCUUUGAACUGCAUCGCCGUGCCUCGCUCAAGUUUAUUGUGGAGCAGUGUGUGCGUCUAAUGACAGGUCUAGCCAAUGGCGUCUAUCUGCCACAAGCAAGCGCAACGCAAUCCCUUGAGUUUCAAUCCCAGCUGCGCAAAUUUGAUUACGCAUCUCAUCCGUUUCUGUCGGCCGUACGACGAGUCGAAUCCGAGCUGGGGGACAAGCAUCAGCGCUGGUGUAAUCUCCACCUGCACUUUGGCUAUGAGGAGCGCCGCGUGUAGAUGAACGUCUAAUGUAUUCAUGAAAUGAAGACAAUGUUUAAAAACGCUUCAAUGGGCAAUCCUAAUUAAUCAGUUAAUAGGUUUUUCCCAAAGAAUGUAUUUUUAUUCAAUCAAAUCAUCCCUUAUCUACCUUGUCUCUUUAGUUGGUUAUGUUAACAAGAAAUCGGAAACAAACACAAGCCUGUGUCUGGGCUUUAAGUUGAAAGCCAAGUUCAAAGCUCAUUCUAUAAUUUUAAACUGGACAACUAAGUAACUAAAUCUAUAUGUUUAAUUUUUCCUUAUGCAUUUUUUUAUGAAAAAACAAAUUCCGUGAUUUUUAUAAAAAUAUCUUUUGGAAGUUUCCGUAUGAACGUAUUUUCUACUAUCUGCAUUUAAAAUGCCGCCUCAGGCACUUGUCAAAUGACGAUUUUGAAAUUAAUAAAUAUUUUAGUUAUAUGCUUACACAGA